CGAGGGUACAAAUAAAAAUACACCGAUGCGUUCCUUUGAGUUAGCAUCAUCUCCAUGAACUGAGCAGAACCUCCUAAAUCUGAAUGCGGAUCUUUUAAAAGAAAUCUAAACCAAAGACAAGACAAGCAUGUUUGCUAUUUCUAUGGAAACUGUCAUCCUGUGUCUUCUGGCUCUGACAGCCAGCUGCGUGGUUGUGAAAGGUGAGGACCAAGCAAUUGAAGAAUGCAUUAUUUUUGGACAACAUAGAAAAGACCUGUCAUACCACAAUCUCACCACUGUGCCUAAAGGUCUACUUAAUGACACCCAGUACCUGGAUCUGUCCCACAACAGCAUCUCAGGGCUUUACAGAGGAGACCUCACUGGGCUUCCCCAGCUCUGCUUCCUGAAAAUCACUCACAACAGACUUCAGCACGUCUCCCCGUCUGCCUUCACAAACAGUGUCAGACUGAAGGUCCUGAACAUCUCCUGCAACUCGCUGAUGACCAUCCCAGAUCUACCUUUGCCACAGCUCAGGGUCCUGGACAUAUCCGGCAACCUUUACAGCAGCUAUCGCCUGGGGAAGUCCUUUGAGAAUUUGAAGCAUCUCCGUGACCUUUGGCUUGGGAGUGUGAGUUCCCGAGCGGUAAACGCCAGUGAUUUUGCACCUUUAAGGAACCGCUCAUUGCGCUGGCUGGCCGUGGGUGGGGGAAACGCUCUGCACAGCUACGAGCCGGGCUCCUUCGCUCAGCUGAAAUCUCUAGAGGUGAUGACGCUCAAACUGUCAUUUUGCCGGCAAUUUGAAAUGUUUAAGACUAUCCUGACGGACCUGGGCCGAAUCAAAACCAAGAAAAUAGAUUUAGUGAAGUUUCUUCCUCAUUUUUGCGAAGUCUCCAUUGAUCCGUUCGAGAGUCUGGGGCAAAUGCCCUUCCUGACCAAUGUGACGUUUGUGGACUCCUGGAUGAACAGUUCUGUCAUGACAAAGCUGUUGAAAAAUAUUUUUCUCUCUCAGAUCCAAGAGAUUGCGUUUGUGAACAUCACCUAUAACCAAGACACACCUGAAGGCAUCCAAUUUUUUGGUGUCCCGGGGCAUAAUGGUACUGUGAGCCUUAAAUCGGUAAUAUUCGACGGGGUACACCACUAUCAGUACAACUACCCGAAAAUCAAUAUCAGCGUUUCCUACCUCCGCCACAUGACUAACCUGAAGUUUUCCGGCACAGGGAUGAACAUCUCUCCGUGCAACUUAAUGUCAGCGUUGCCAACGCUGGAGGUACUGGACCUGUCAAACAACCUCCUGACGAACGGCGGGUUUUGGUGGUCCGGCUGCUCAUACACGAAGGUCUUCCCUGCGCUGAAGUGGCUGUCUCUGAGCCACAACAAAUUUGAUUCCUUGGCCUUCAUCUCCAGGAAGACCCGUGAGAUGAACUUCCUGGAGUCACUGGACCUGAGCUUCAACGCCGUCACCUUGAGUGAAGAGAGCUGCCUCUGGCCCACCCACCUGACCCAGCUCAGCCUGAGCAACAACAACCUGGGCAACCAGGUUUUCCAGUGCCUGUCGCCCCACUUUCAGAGGAUCGAUUUGUCGAAGACGGGAAUAACUGCCAUCACCGGAGAAGCCCUCUGGAGCCUCCCGAGCCUGAGUGAGCUCUACCUGAGCCUCAACAGCAUCCACACCCUCCCAGACCAUCUCCAGGCUCCCCAUUUGCACACGCUGUACGUGGAUGAAAACGCCAUCACGUCGCUUGGCCAGAGCUCCCUGCAGGGCCUGCCUGCACUGAGAGCCCUGAGGGCGGGAGGAAAUCCCUUCAGCUGUACCUGUGACUCAUACUGGUUUUUGACGACGUUCAACAAAUCUCUGCUUUCCGAUUGGCCCGUGAGCUACAGGUGCAGCAACCCGCCGGCGUUUGCGGGACUGUGGCUGGAGGACUAUAAGCCGGGCGUUCUGGCCUGCAGGCCUUGGCUCCAAGCAGUCACGGUCCUCAGUGUCGUUAUCGUGAUAGCCGCGGUCUUCGGCUUCACCUUCCACGCCUGUGACGGGGCCUGGUACACAAAGAUGCUGUGGGUUUGGAUAACAGUGAAACGUAGAGGCUACCAGGAAGCCCACAGACUUCAGGAGGUGUCGUUUCGCCACCACGCCUUCGUCUCGUACAGCCACCAGGAUGCCCCCUGGGUCAACACCGAGCUGGUGCCCAGCCUGGAGGCCUCAGGCCUGUCCCUCUGUGUCCACGACAGGGACUUUGUUCCCGGCGAAUGGAUUCUUGACAACAUCAUCAACUGUGUGGAGCAGAGCUACAGGACCCUGUUUGUGCUGUCCCGCAGCUUUGUGGAGAGCAGCUGGUGCGUGUACGAGCUGUUCUUCGCCCAGCACCGCUCUCUGAGCGCACGGCAGGACUCGCUGGUGUUCGUCCUCCUGGAGCCCAUCCCGGCCGACUCCAUCCCGCGCAAGUUCCUGAAGCUGCGCUCCCUGCUCCGGCAGCAGACCUACCUGGAGUGGCCGCAGGACGAACGCAAGCGGCAGGUGUUCUGGGCCAGCCUCAAAGCCCUGCUGCACACGGCUGACAGCAGAGUGGGCCCCCGCAGCCCAGCAGCACCCAUCUCUGAGACCAGCCCCCUGCUGGCACACUCAGACUGCGCAGGGCACUACCUGUAGCCCAACUGACACUCCCAUCCACGGGAGAUAUUAUAUUAUAUAUAAUACGAUUUAGGGGGUGUGCAACAGGUGGAGUUGCUGAGCAGUGUUAAUGACUGAGCAGUUUGGCAACAGAAAGUGGGGGGUGGGGUACUAUGAUUGAAUAACAGGCUUUAAUAAUAAAAAGGAACCUUAUUUUGAACAUUAUUGUACAGAUUGCAGUUGUCCUCCAGAGACAAAUGAAACAACUUUACAUACUGACAAAUGAACUCAUUUCAUUAUGACUGGUUGCUUUCAGCAUGUGUCUCCACCUACUGUCAUGUGCCUGCAAGUAUGUUCAGUACCUUCAUGUUUUUAUUAAUUCUUUCAUAAACCCAUUCGUUUUUGUUUAUGACAUUGCAUUAGACAUGUUGAGCUAAUUUGUUCAAAACUUUA